AUGUCUUCCGAUCUUGAUCGCAAUCUUCGAAUACCUCUCAAAGACCAAAAUCGUGACUCCAAGCUUCAUCUGGAAUCAAUAUGGGGCGAUCUCAGAUCUCGAACAACAGAACGUACAAAUUCCCCUGAUGAGGCAGGAAAAGAUGCCCAGCAGAGCUUAGCAAUGGAGGACACAUCAGCUCUCAGGAAUUAUGUUAAAGAGUAUACACCGUUCGCCAAGCCACGACAUGGUCAGAAUCAAAAGAUCAACAGAAUCAAGCACGAGUCCCCUUGGAAGGCUUACAAGAGCGGAUACGAUCUCAAGCUGGACCAAUUUGUUACGGUCGCAGUUCGCAAAGCCCCUGGGGCCGGCAAGGUCGCCAUCAGGGAAUUCGAUCGGCAAGAUGGGGAUCGAAAAAUUGAGAUGUUGUGGAGCGUCCGUCAUGAGAGAUUUGUCAACUUGCUAGAAAUUUUUGAGGUUGGUGACACAUAUUACGCCGUUUUCGAGCACAUUUUCGUCACCCUCGUCCAGGUGGUGAAUUGCCCAGCCUAUCCAACCGAGCGGCAACUCGCAGCCAUUAUUGGGCAGGUGAACUAA